CCUCCCGUAUUUUUUUCAAGCCUCUUCCAACCCUUUUACCAGGCCUACAGACAACGUCAAUGGAGGAAAUCCGAUCUGGUCGGUCCAAUUGCUCCUUGUGGAGAGCUUUCAAGGAAGCUAUGCUGAACUCAUCGGACCCGCAAAAGAGUAUUCUGAGGGGCUCAUAGGACCUUGUCGCAAAGAAUCGAUACGCGAAAGUUUGACCAAUUCCAGCGCGUCUGUAUGAACAGAGCGCCCCGGGGCCCCGAGGGAGAAACAUGACGCAGAAGACAGCGUAGGAGCUGCUACAGCAUACCUACUUCUCCGGUUGAGACUAAAGCUCCGGAAAGCUCUCCGAUCACUCGAACAAGCACGUGAUGUCACCGCAUCACAACCCCAAGCCGAUCAGCGAGAUAUUCCCCAUCUUUGUCUAUUGCGCCCGCUGACUGUGAGUUGCGGCUCAUGUUAGAAUGAUGCGAUGUCAGUGAGCGACUUUGCUUCGGUAGUUCCGGCGCAACUUGCAUUCCUAACUAUAUACAACCCCCUCCUCGGAUCGACCGACGAGACUAUUCACGAUCAGGUCGUCUUCUAUACCUCCAGGUCAGACCGGCUGCAACGAGGUGAAAGAUCUGCGACUCAAAACGAUGACAAAGAAUCUAGUGAUGAGUGGAAUAAAAGACUACGCCAGAUAGGACUGGCGCAGGGCAUGGUGAGCUUCGCCAGGAACUUUUCAAGAGGACAGGCUGUGGACUACGUGGAGACAGACAAAUCGCUUAUCGUGCUACACGAACUCGAAAAAGAUUGGUGGAUUUUAUCUUCCAUUGAUCUGACUCGGCUUCCAACCGACCCCUCUAAUGGGUCCUCUUCGCAGCGCAAUGCUUCAGAGACACCCUCAUUUUAUUAUUCUUCGCGGGAGAUGUGUCCUUCGCAUCUUCUAAUCCAGCAACUACGCCGAGCGCAUUCCAUUUUCCUCCUCCACCAUGACAUCACACUCGACGCUCUAUACCAGCGUGUUGGCAGGUCCACUUUGUGCGCCCUUCUAGAGAACUUCUGGCUGCAGUUUGCUUGGAAAUGGGACGUCCUUUUAAGUGGGAAUCCUGCUGUGGACGUUUAUAAUGGCAUAAAGCUUUCUGCGGGAGGCGAACUUGGCGUUGGAGUUGGCGAGGAAGAGUGGGGAAGCGGGGAGAGAGAGGUGUUCGAAGACUUUGUAGCAAGGACAGAUGGCCUUGUGGACCUAGUGGUUUCUCGGUUCGGCGAUGCUUACACGGCUGGCGAGGACGCUACAGCCGCAAACCUAUCGGCAGACCUUACUGGCGAUGACGACGAUGAAGGUCAAUGGCUUGGCUCAAACACUUAUCCGCAACCAUCAGAUGGUGUUAUCUUCUCAGGUGUAGGGACGCUUUCCAGAUCUUCUGUGGUACGCAUCUCACAAUGGAUGGAGUGGAUCUACAGAUACGGCUUCGACACCUAUGGAGUGGGUGAAGACCCAACAUCACCACGGCGUCGUAAACGCCGGAGACGACGAGGCCGUUCUGUAAAAGAGGCCAAUGUCAUGUCGCAAGGCAGAGAACAUUCCCCGCGGGAAGACAUGGAUCGCAGCUUCUCUCCAGGUAUACCACGCCCGCUUGUGAUGGGAGCAUCGCAACCAUCCCAGCCUCAGCCAGGAUCCGUUAGGGCGAGUCCGCAUUCAAGUGGUGAAAGCUCCCCUGCAAGAAGUGACAAAGGCACCGACUGGGUGGGGUUUACAGCUGGUACAUUUGUGAAAUAUCUCACUCUAGGAUAUGGUUCACCAUGGAGCAUGUCCAAAACACCUAGCCCACACCCCCGCGUUGAAGCACUGAAGCGAGAAGACGACUCGGUCGGCGCAAACAAACAGAUAGUAUCACCUACUGGAACUCAAGAGGCGCCCGAAGAGAGCCCUUCUAAAUCUGCAGCUCCUCCCAAACCUCGAAACCGAGGUAAAUUUAUCAUUGGUCUACAGAAUGUGCCAGCCAGCUAUAAUAAUCAACCCCUGGAUACUUCUGAUCCGGCAAACACUUCAACCGAAAGAUUGAAUAAAAGGAUAACUCAGAGGACGUUACAUAUGCACCUAGCAAUUCCAUCAGAAGAAAACCCAACAAGCUCAAUACAGCAACGAGCAGUGGUCUACAUACACAAGCCAUUCAUAUACACCUUUCUAUUCGACCCUCAAACUUCAUCUCUGGCAGACCCAUCUCUUUAUGACAAUAUCCACAAUCAGCUAUAUCCUCUCCAGGAAUCACUCGGCAGGUCAACAUCGCCAGCAAAUGCAGCAGUUAGAAUCUCAAUAUCUGGAAAUGCAUUCGACAUCAGUCAACGAUUUUCAGCCGAGAACCAGCCAGUUUACGAUCUAGUCUAUGAUCCAACAAAUCUAACGAUCCGCUCUUCAAUCCCCAAUAUCCCCGAUCUCGGUUUCUCCCCUCUAGGAGCCCCCCGAGAAUCCAGCACAACACCCUGGUCCCGUGUCGAAAGCCUCAACAUCCACCACCGCUUACUGAGCACCUACAUAGAAACGCGAUCCCGACCGCACGAACUAGAAAGAACCUGCAAAACCAGUCGGGGCUGGUGGAUCGUCUGGGUUCGCAUGUCUGACCCAUUGUAUAAGCCAACCGGUAACAACAGCAGCACAUCUCAUCCCGAUGACCCUCGUCAGGAGGCUUUCGUGAUUCGGAGGGCAAGCGACCAUGUCUCGGCGUCUUCGCAUGCUCGCAUUAAUAGUAGCGGAUCUCGGUUCUUCCGGGAUCUAGGCGGUGCGACUUCGCCGGGACUAUCGGAUAUGGGACCAGGCAAGCUGGUUGAGGGAUUAGGUCUAGACGCCAGACGGUAUAUUGAAAAUAUACUCAGUUUGAAUAAAUGAAAACAUGAAUACAAUUGACUUGGGCCUUUUUUUUUCUUUUUUCUUCUCCUGUCUCCUGUUUUCACGUACCGUGUAAGUCGUAAUACUAGAAAUCUAUAUAUA